AUGCUUCGAUCAAAGUCAUUCGUUAAGCGUACUCGCAAGGGAAACGUCGUUAAAGUCGUUAAAGAGCACUAUUUGAGAGACGAUAUUCCAUGUUCAUCAGAGGUCUGCAAUGUCUGUAGCAAGACAUCUGCUCCAGUACUUUCAAGCACACCCAAAGGCACCAGUACAUUCAAGCCUCACUACCUCAUUCCUGAUACCAAUGUCUUCAUCAGUCAGCUGGACAUCAUGGAGCACCCUGCCAUCAAGGAUGUCAUUGUACUGCAAACUGUCAGAGAGGAGAUCCGUCAUUUGAGCACACCCGUAUACAACAGGCUGAACACCAUCUUGGCUGACAAGACCAAGCGAUUCUACAUGUUUGCUAAUGAACAUCAGCGUGAUACAUUUAUUGAGAAAUUAAAGGGAGAGACACCCAACGACAGAAAUGAUCGAGCCAUUCGAGUUGCCACCAAAUGGUUUGUGGAUCACUUGAAGGCCAAUUCAUCUGGCGAGAACAUUGAUGUAAUUAUGUUGAGUGAUGACCGUGGAAACAGAGAAAAGGCCAAGGCAACAGGCAUCAAAUCUUGUGGAGUGAUUGAGUAUGUGGAGAGCAUCAAAGACACUCCUGAAUUAUUAGACAUGGUUUCCGCACCCAAAGCAGCAGCAAGCGAACAGGUGGUCUAUGAAGAGCAUUUGUCGCCUGCUCAGAUCCAAAACGGCAUCAAAAAGGGAACUCUGAUUCAAGCACCUUUCAAUGUCAGUGUACACAACGUCCAAGAAGCUACUGUGGUGGGUGAAGUGGAAGGAGAGGUCAAGACCAUCUUUAUUUUAGGCAGAAAGCACUUUAAUCGUUGUAUUCAAGGCGAUAUUGUUGCUGUGGAGCUUUUACCCAAGAGUGAGUGGAAACGUGGAGCAUCGAUUGCUAUUGAAGAGGAGGACGAUGAUGAGGAAAAGAUGUUUGGAGAGGAGGAAGUCAUUGAUAGAAUGACUGAAAGCGAUAGUCCUGUUGAACCUACUGGCAAAGUCGUCGGUAUUAUUCGUAAAAAGUGGAGACCUUAUUGUGGUUUUAUUGUCAAAAAGACUGUGCCAAAGAACACCACUAGUGGGCCUGUUGGUGUCAUGUUUCGUGCUAUGGAUAAGCGUAUUCCUCCCAUCAAGAUCAGAACUUCCCAAGCACAGUCUUUGGUUGGCAAUCGUAUUGUUGUAUCGAUUGAUAGUUGGCCCACCAAUUCCAGCUUCCCUAUGGGCCAUUUCGUCAAGACUUUAGGUUCUUCUGGUGACAGAGAAACAGAGACAGAAGUAUUGUUGCUGGAGCACGAUGUUCCUUAUCAAGAAUUCUCUCAGCGCGUUCUGCAAGAUUUACCAGUCGAGGGAGAUCAAUGGGUUGUUCAGGACAAGCAUUUAACUCAAGAAAAGAGAAGAGAUUUCAGAGAUUUGGAUAUUUGUAGUAUUGAUCCCCCUGGAUGUACUGAUAUCGAUGAUGCCCUUCAUGCUCGUAUUCUUCCCAACGGUAAUUGGGAAGUGGGUGUUCAUAUUGCUGAUGUUACUUACUUUGUGAAACAUGGUAUGCCAAUGGAUGUUGAAGCGGCUUCUCGUGGUACAUCUGUCUAUUUAGUCGAUAAACGUCUGGACAUGUUGCCAUCUCUCUUGGGUACCAACUUGUGUUCAUUGAGAUCCAAUGUGGAGCGUUUGGCCUUUUCUUGUGUCUGGGAAAUGAACGAAGAUGCCGAGAUUGUCAGUGUCGACUUUACAAAGAGUGUCAUCCGUUCCAAACACUCCUUUACUUACGACGAAGCACAAACUCGCAUCGACGAUGAACGCAUGCAAGAUCCCAUCACCAAGGGUAUCCGCGUAUUGAACAAAUUUGCAAAGAUUCUUCGCCAAAAGCGUAUGGAAAAUGGUGCCUUGACAUUAUCCUCCCCUGAAGUUCGAUUCAAUUUGGAAAACGAUUCACAAGAUCCUGUCGAUGUUGAGAUGAAGGAACUGAAAGAGACCAACGCACUUGUUGAGGAAUUCAUGUUGCUGGCAAACAUCUCGGUAGCCAAGAAAAUCUAUUCUAAAUUCCCCAGUUCUGCUAUGUUGCGUAAACACGCUGCUCCUCCUAGCAACAACUUUGAUUCACUGCGUCAAAUUCUCAUGGAAAAGGGCUUUGUCUUGGAAACAGGGAGCUCAAAAGAAUUGGCCGACUCGUUGGAUAAGGCUGUGAUUCCCGAGGACCCUUAUUUCAAUAAACUAGUGCGUAUCAUGACAACUCGUUGCAUGAUGCAGGCCCAGUACUUUUGCUCAGGCACUGAAAUCGAGUCAGAAUUCAAGCAUUAUGGUUUAGCCAGUCCAAUCUAUACACAUUUCACAUCACCCAUCCGUCGUUAUGCAGAUGUCAUUGUCCAUCGUCUACUGCAAGCUUGCAUUGAACCCGAUCUCGAAUAUGGUCAAGAGCUCACAGAUACACAAAAGAUGAAGGACCUUUGCGACAACCUCAACUUCCGUAACAGAAUGGCACAACAAGCCAGUCGUAGUUCUGUUGAACUGUUUACCAGUCUCUACUUUAGAAACAAGAUUGAAGUGGAAGAUGGUCGUAUUCUUCGUGUUUUGAAGAACGGUAUCAUUGUGUUGGUACCUAAAUAUGGUAUUGAAACCAUUGUAUAUACAUCAGCAACUGUAGAUGGACCAUCGCCGUUCACCUAUGAUGAAGAAGCAAAAUCCCUUGUUGCAGGCGAAGUGGUGCUCAAGACAUUUGACUCUGUCAAGGUGGAAAUUACAGUAGAAGGUGAUGCAGAGGGUAUGCGUCAAAAGAUGAACAUGAAGCUGGUAGAGCCUUAUGUUGAGGGUGUGAGUGUUAUACCCACUACCACAGCUACCAAUAGCGCAACAAAGAGAUCGAAUGAGGAUGCCGUGGAAACAAAAGCUAAAAAAUCCAAAAAAUAA